AUGGCCGUCAAGAUCCGCCAGGCUUACAUGAUGCUCCUGGUAUUUUUGCCUCUAGAAAUGAGUCUCAUUGCUCUAUAUUUGGAUCUUGACCUGCACUUCAUUGGACGCAAAAUGGACACACGCGCCGAAAGUAAUACUUCGGGGAGGAGGAGCGAAAGUCCGCUCUUCCACACGCCUCCGCCCUGGGAUACACUUGUUGACUUGACACACAGUGUGGAUUCCAACGUAAUCUCACCUUCCGGCCCGCCGGUCUUGAGAAGUAUUAAAAGGUCGCAUCUGAGAGGCACAACAAGCAACCAAAAGAAGACAAGACAGCCACAAAACAGUAUUAAGAAGAGAAACAGUGAGAGUAGUAACUCCGAAGCGAGCACUAUCAAGGCUUCUCUUACUUUGAUGGAAGCGCCACCCGCUGAAGUGGCAACACAGGCGCGCGGUGAUUUUCCCACAGAUCAUAGCCCGAAAGCCCACUCACCAGUACCCGUCACGCCAGGCAAAGGGCAAGUCCCACUCGUAUCCUCAAGCUCAAAUCUAUACCGGAUCUGCCCGUCGUUAAGACAGUUGACCGGUUACGAGUCAAGCGAAGAUGAAGACGCGCACAACAACUUAGAUCAGUCCGACAAGAAUCACAUUACGCCACUUCAGGUAUACAUACUUCAGUCGCGAAGCGCCCACAAGUCCAGCGAGUAUACUGUGAACGAUACUAGUAGCGGUGCUAAAGCUAGGCGUGGCUCGGGCAAGCAAUCGCUGAUAAAUACCAUGCCGAAAGCGCAUGAAGGUGGCCAGGACCGGGCUUUUGAACGUACUAACAGCAUGAAUGAGAACAAAGUAGGGGCUCCUUGGCCAAAAGGUACACAUAAAUCCGUUGCGCCAAAGAACAGGAAGGCACCGAAGACCAAAGGCGGAUUCGUUAUGAGCGAUGAAAGUGACACAGAAGACCUGCAAGCCAAUGUCGAGGAUAAGCGAGAUUGUCACCCCCCAACCACCAUAUCCACUUCGCACACGGUAGAUUUGCCGAAACCACGUCCCAGUGCGUCGACGGAAAAACGCUCUAUGAACGGUAAACAACUCAAUAAGAACCGUUUGAGCAAACUUCUCGGCCGACACAAGAGUCCUUUCGUUCAAAGGCCACCGAAAGCUGACUCAUCAUCCACGAGCAAUGUAAAAUCUUCAUCGCCUCCAGCUUCAAAACCUAGGCCAACAACUCCUGGAUCGCGAUCCCAUGGAGUGCAGAACGGUGUGGACCAACGUACGAAACCAAACGUAGGUACUACGAUGUCUCCUCGAACUAUAAAAGACAGCGUUUUUGGGACACUUCUGGCCUCAUCAAAGGUUUGCGACAAAGUGGAUGCUCGGAACCCUCUUCAAUCUGUACUUCCGCUUACGCGAACUGGGAGCUCACUCCCCCCAUCGCAAACAAAACAGCUCAUGUCUAGAGGCGAGACCACCAUGUCUCCAGUGCCAUCAACCCUCCCAUCUUCACCUGAUAUUACAUUCUCGCAGCGCGCAGAGCAACCACUGCGUCAUUCUCAUGACCCCUCGUCUGUGGCUGGCAAAGAUAAGUCUUCAAUUUGGAGGUCAAGUCAAGAGCAUGCCCUUGAAAAUGGGAAUCAUGGCGACAAACCGGAACCAAAGUUGGGAAAUCAUAAGAUAGCUUCGAAACCUCCUGUUCCUGGGCCACAAUCUGGCCAAAAGCGCAAGGUUGAAGAAAUGGUGCCUGACCUGGAUGGGAGUUCCGCUGUUUCGAAGAAGAGGUCUGCUAGGCCCGCUACGUCUGUAGGUCGCCCUGAUAAUUCAGAUCGCAGCAAGGAGGUUGCACAAGUAUCGACACUAGUUCCAGACAAUGAUAGAACACCACCAGUUUCCCUCGUGAUUGAUGCACCUAUCGCAUCAUCAUGGACUCCAGCAGCGAAUUCAGUAUCCGUCCCAAUCAUUGAAGCCUCAUUGCAACCCGAUGUACAAAAUGUGGACGCAAUACCCGUGGCUACAGUCGCAAACAGUGCGAAAGAUAAGCAAGUUUUUUCAGACCUAUUGCCAGCUCCUCCAGAGGAUUGCACUACCAGCAAAUCCACGCCUCGAGUAGAACUUCACAACAAUUUAGUUCCGAAAAGCGUAUGCCCUGAUAUCAUGAUUGGCAAAAGUACGGAUCAGCAACAAGGAUUGUCCCCACAGCCUUUAUACACGACUCCCAACAUCGACACGAAUUUUCAAGGUUAUACUCAACACUCCGUGAGUGAGAUUCAAGUUAUCGAGCUCCCGCCGAUGAUCCCUUCCGCAAACGCUGAGCCAUAUUUUGAGUACUCUAUAUUUGAACGGAGAUGGGCCGAUGAUCAGGAUGAGUAUGAUGUGAAGGGGAUAGGCGUCAUAUCACGUCCGUUCAUUGAUUUGAACGAGGCCAACAAGCAGGUCGAGCAGCUAUUCCAGCGCAUGCGCGAGGAGAGUACCUGGCAUACUCAGGACACCUUGGCAGACUGGACCAGCAAGCGAGAUGAGUACGGUUGCUUGAUAUGUAAGGCGAGCUUUGCACACUUCGAUAAUCCGUACCAAGAGCAUUUUAUCAAAAUCUGGGUACAGCGUGAUUACGUCUCCAAGCUCGCCAAUCAAACUCCAUGGGAACCAAAACGCAAAUCUUUCAUAUCCAGUACCGUAUUUGUCCUCCGACUUUUCAAGAUCGUCACGCCCUCUGAAGGGUCGGAGUCGGAGGGAAGCGUUGAGCAACCCUGCUCUCCGAUGCGAAUUCAUCAACCUCUCAUCCGCUCGGAAGUUUACACCACGCUCCACACGGCCAAUCGCGCAGCACGCGACCAACAGUUGGAGAUCAGCCAUGAGAAAAAUGCGAAGAACCUGCUCACUCAAAAAUGGCAGGAGCAAAACUUGAAAGAUCUCGAAGAGAAGCUGCGCACUCUGAACUCCACAAAGGAUGAGGAGGAAGCGUGUUGGAAGAGCAAGUUUAAUGGCUACGGCAUUGGUGGUGAUCAGUACGAGCUUGUGGUAGAGAAGGCGGGGAUAUGUGGGCCUCGAAACCUUUGA